CAAGUCAGGAACAUGGCAACUUUAAAAGACAUUACCAGGCGUUUGAAGUCCAUCAAGAACAUUCAGAAAAUUACAAAGUCCAUGAAGAUGGUUUCUGCAGCAAAAUAUGCCAGAGCUGAGAGGGAGCUGAAGCCUGCCAGGAUCUAUGGAACGGGAGCUCUGGCUCUCUAUGAGAAAGCAGAAAUAAAGGCACCUGAGGACAAGAAGAAGCACCUCCUUAUUGGUGUGUCCUCUGAUCGAGGCCUGUGUGGUGCUAUCCAUACAUCUAUUGCUAAAACCUUGAAGAAUGAGAUUACCAACCUCUCAAAUGCGGGAAAAGAAGUUAUGGUGGUUGGAGUAGGUGACAAGAUCAGAGGCCUCCUUCAGAGGACACAUGGCAAUUACUUCCUGCAGGUGGGACGGAGACCUCCGAGCUUUGGAGAUGCCUCAGUCAUUGCAUUGGAGCUGUUAAACUCUGGCUAUGAAUUCGAUGAGGGCUCUGUCAUCUACAAUCGGUUCAAGUCUGUCAUCUCCUACAAGACCGAUGAAAAACCAAUCUUCUCCUUUGAAACAGUUGCUGGUUCUGAAAGCCUAAGUAUCUAUGAUGAUAUUGAUGCUGAUGUGCUGAGAAACUACCAGGAAUUUACACUAGCAAAUAUUCUCUACUACUCCCUGAAAGAAUCCACCACCAGCGAGCAGAGUGCUAGGAUGACCGCUAUGGACAAUGCUAGCAAGAAUGCCUCUGAGAUGAUUGACAAACUGACCUUGACGUUCAACCGUACCCGCCAAGCCGUCAUUACCAAGGAGCUUAUUGAGAUCAUCUCUGGUGCUGCUGCUCUGUGA